CCUUGGGAAGGGGGGGGCAGAGAAAGACUUCGCAAAGUUUUCCUUCACUCUCUCCUCCCCCCCUUUUCCCAAAUAGUUUGGCUCCUUAAUGCAUUCAAAGGACGCCUUGAGGCUUAACCAUCGUCCCGAGGGGGGGGGAGAGGAGUGUAGAAAGAAAGACACGAAGUCUGACCUUUGUUCUUUUUUUUCUCUCUCUCUCUCUCGUCAUUAUUCAGCUCGCCCUUAAAAAAGUGAAGACGAGGUCAAGAAACGAGUGAGUCAGUUCCCGCCCCCUAAAAAAGGGGAAUACUUUCCCCGUGAGUAAGCCUCGGCGGGAGGCUCCCCGCUUCCCUGAAGGAGUUGGUACUUUCCGUUCAUUGGGCGAGGUUGCCUCUUGCGAGGGCAGCAGCACCUGUGGAUCGCGCGGACCGAGACGCGGGCAGCCUCGGAGGCGAAGCAGAGCGGAGCGGGUGGCGGAGUCCCGACUGGAGAGCUUCCCCCGAGGGCGAAGCGGGCUUGGAAACGGACGCGUCUGGGAGCAACUUAUACCCCCAGCCCUCCUUCCCGGCUCGAAGUCCGUACAGAGGUUGGGGAAAUGGAGACCCGGAGGACGCGUCGACUGGUCGCCGCGCUGCCCCUGUUGUGGUUCUUGGGCACCGCUUGGAUUUUAGAUUCUGCCAUUGCAAUGCAGGUCACUGUGCCGAAUCCUUUCAACGUAGCCAUCCUGUUUCAAGGUGUGACUCUACAGUGCAACUAUCAGACUACAGCAACUCAGCCUGUUAUUGUCACGUGGAAAUACAAAUCUUACUGCCGAAGCCGCUUAGCUGAUGCUUUUAACCCCGGCAGCCAGGAGACCCAGCUCAACAACCAGCUACAGACGAACAAUCCGGGAUACAACCCUUACGUGGAAUGUCAAGACAAUUCCAGGACCGUGCGAGUUGUGGCCACUAAGCAAGGCAACGCAGUCACCUUGGGGGACUUCUAUCAGGGCCGGCGUAUUAGUAUCACAAAUGAUGCUGACCUCAACAUUGAGCAGACUGCUUGGGGGGACAGUGGUGUUUAUUACUGCACUGUGACAUCUUCCCAAGACUUGCAAGGCAACAACGAAGCCUACGCUGAACUCAUUGUAUUGGGCAAGUCCCCCGGUGUUUCAGAGCUUUUGCCAGACUUUCAGAUAGGGCAAAUGGAAGAUUGGGUCUUUGUGGUCUUGGUUGUGCUGGCCUUCUUUCUGGUCUUCCUGCUCCUUGGAAUCUGUUGGUGCCAGUGCUGUCCUCAUACCUGCUGCUGCUACCUCCGAUGUCCUUGUUGCCCAGAGAAAUGUUGCUGUCCCGAAGCACUGUACAUGGCAGGGAAAGCUGCAACAUCUGGAGUCCCCAGUGUUUAUGCACCCAGUAUUUAUGCCUCCAGCAAUCCAUUGAAAACAGCUCCCCCAGGCACCAUGAUCCCCAUGGGUCCAAUGUCUCCAAUGUACAAUGGUUAUGGAGUGGAUUAUGAUCGAGCCAGCUCAGUUGGUGGAAACAGCUCCCAAGUGCCUCUCCUGAGGGAUACAGACAGUGUGGCAAAUGCUGCUGUACGCAGUGGCUAUCGCAUCCAAGCCAACCAGCAGGAUGACUCCAUGCGGGUGCUCUACUACAUGGAGAAGGAGCUGGCUAACUUUGACCCUACUCGGCCAGGGCAGCCCAAUGGGAGGCUUGAGAAAGCCUCUGUGAUGAGUGAAUUGAGUUCUCUUCAUGAAGACGAUCGCCGUUAUGAGCUGCGGCAGGGCAUGGGGAGGCUGCGUGGCCAGGCCAUGUCUCCCAUCAGUGACCUGGAGGAGGAAAGCGUACGGAGCAACGAGAGCCGGCGCUUGCUGCCCCCCGCCACUUGGCGUGACCGUUAUGAAGACUCCCCGCCCCGAAGCUAUGGCCGACGCCCGCGUUCCCGCUCAGUCGAUGCUCUAGAUGACUAUGAACGGGACUCCUAUCCUUCCCAGCACAGAGGUCGGGGCCAGCACGGCUCAGACAACGAAUGCCAUCACCGCGAUUAUUCUCCUGACUCCCGUUACGACUCUGAGCGCUACGGUAGGCGUCGAAGUCGAAGUAGGGAUGACCUGGAGCGAACCCAUUAUGAUAACCGGCUCCUGGAGGAAGCACUGCGGAAGAAGCAGCGGGCAGGUAGCCGUGAAGACCUGGAUCACAGAAGCGCCUCCAAUGGGAGAUCCGGCCACAGGAAAAAACGGGAUGAAGAUAGCAGUGGCUUUCCUCCUCCUCCACCGCCUCCGUACACAGAGACCGAAUCUGUGUCUUCCCGCGGCAAGGAGGACCGCAAGCUGCGAAGGAAUCAUGCUGUCAGCAGAGAAAGCUUGGUGGUUUAAUUCGUUCUGCUCUUUCUGGAAUAUGAGAGAUUCUGUGUUUUGAAUGGCUACAGGAACACUCUUCAUGUGUCAGCAUCAGUUUUAUUCAGGAGAAUAAAAGAUGAAACGCCACAGCAUUUAUGCUGGAUCUGAGCAGCCAUUAAAAAAUCCAGGCUGACUGCACCCGGUCACCUCUCAAUGUCUGAGCUCAUCUUCAUCAGAGGGAGGCUAGGAUCCUUCAAGAUUCCUUCAGAUUCUCGUAGUAUUAUAGACAUUUUCAAAAUACAUUUUUGGGUGCCCCUUUUGAAUUUCAGAGCUAUGUGUUUCUGAAUGCUAUUCUGGAAAGAGGAUCAUUUCAGAUGUGAUCGCUGGAUACUGUUCAGACAGAAAGAAAUUGUUUUAUUUCAUCGAAUGCCCCAUGGACACCUAACGUGUCUUUUAUUUUUUUUGCCCCCCUGUAAUUUUGAAGAGGAUUCCAAAGAAGAUGAAUUUAUAUGUAAUACCUUUUUCAUUCUGAUUUUAAAGGAGUUCUUUAAACACACUUGCUACUUAAAUGAUGUGUAUAAUUUUAGGGUUUUUUAGAAUCCGAGUAUGAAACUACUGAUGCUGUAAAUAUUUAAGUGAUAAGUGAGCAAGUUUUUUUUUUACAAUUUUUUGUUUUUUAAAAAAAGAGAUUACAUUUUUAUAGGAAUGAAAAUAAAAAUGAACAGAGCACAUGUAUCGGCUAGGUUCAGCAUUUUCAGAAUGGAUUGAAAUUCUUCCUGUUACCAGUUUUUAGUCCAGUCUUCCCAGCCCUUAUAUCUUCCAGGUGUGCGAGGUUGCAUAUUGGACAUCUAAACAUUCAUUCUGAAAAUUACCCACCAUAUUGGAGGACAUGAGAAAAUGUGAAUGAUUCGUUCUGCUAUUUUCACAAUAAUAAAUAACAGAUUCCUGCAGUUGCUGUUUAUUUUGAAAACUGUCACCUGUGCAUUGCUGGAUGACGUACAUCCAUCUUUUCCUGGAACUUGUCGUUAAGUCCUCUGUGGCAGUUUUACAGAGAGAAAAAUAAAUAUAGAUGAAUGAUACUCUAGAACUGUCCAGCGGGAGGCAAUAAUUCUUGUGUGGAAUUACAACACAAUGGGACAAUCUUAUGAGUUGCUAGCACAGAAUGUCUUUGUGUUCACCAGCCAGAUUAGCUACCUUUACAUAUCUUGUUGAAUGGCCAUAAGAAACAACAAAGACUACCUUCACUCUUCGAUGCCUUCACAAUGUAGGGAUGUGCUUUGUGAAUAAAAAGCGAGAUUUUUCAA